AUGGCUGACAAGGACUUCAAAGUUAUCAUCGUCGGUGGUGGCAUCGCUGGCCUCGGCCUUGCCAACAUGCUGGAAAUGGCCGGAAUUGAUUGGGUCCUGCUCGAGUCACACAGCGAGAUUGCACCUCAGGUAGGAGCCAGCAUCGGUCUGUUUCCAAAUGGGCUGCGAAUUCUUGAUCAGAUGGGUGUCUAUGAGGCCAUUCGAGCUACAUGGGGUCACCAUCCGAUGAGCAACACCAACCGCGAUGCCAAGGGUCGAGUUAUAUGCUUCAGUCCGGCAAUGGGCGAUCAUCUCGAGAAGCGUCACGGAUACCCUUUUAUUUUCAUCGAUCGACGAAGCCUUCUCCAAAUCCUGUUCGAUAAUUUGAAACACAAGGAGAGGGUUCACCUCGGAAAGAAGGUGGCAGACGUGGACAUGGGGGAGUAUGAGGUGAAGGUUACUACCACCGACGGAGAGACAUUUGAAGGUGACAUUCUGGUGGGCGCGGAUGGUGUUCACAGCAGAGUAAGAGAGGAGAUGUGGCGUAUCGGUGAACAGAUCCAACCAGGGGUCUUCCUCAAGGACCGGGAAUCUCUCAUUUCCUGCAGGUACAAAUGCGUCUUUGGAAUUUCCGAGAUGUCCGAGGGCCUCGAUUCCAACGAAUUUGUCUGUGGGGAUGGGCAUUCAUAUCUCAUAUCCCCAGGGCCAGGUAAACGGACAUACUGGUUUCUGUUCGUGAACACGGGCAACGGCUUGACGAAUAGAGACCGGAUACCCCGGUAUACGAAAGAAGAAGAGACCUCACUCGUUGAGAAACACCUGCGUGAUCCGAUUGCCGGGAGACAUACUUUUGGCGAUCUCUAUGAGAGCCGGCUUUACUCAACUCUCACUCCUCUCGUGGAACAUGUUUUCAAGCGUUGGCACUUCGGCCGGAUCAUGCUGCUGGGAGACUCGGCCCACAAGCAUAACCCUAUCGCAGGGCAGGGGGGCAUGUCAGCACUUGAGUCUUCGGCUGCGUUUGUCAAUGAGCUUCAAAGCUUGCUUAAACGAAAAAAUGCAAGGACCAUCUCGAACGACGACUAUGAUGCCAUACUUACACGGGCACAAAGACGCUUUGAGACCCGCGUAAAGGGGUUGGUCAAAGCUGCUAACGACCAACAGAGGCUGCUGGCGAAUGAUCAUCCCAUGUCAGGCUUGGUCCCUGGGUUUCUCGGGACUGUAGGUGGGCUUGAAUAUGACCUGAGACAUCUCAAAAAGAGAGUGGUAGGGGCAAUCAGCCUUCGUGAUUUCCCCACUCCCAAACGACCACGGCUUGUUCCCUUCACUGAUGAGCUACCUGCGCGACCUAUUCGUAAGAUGUGGACGGUGAAAUGGCUGUCUAUCAUGAUAACGGGUUUCAUUUUCAUUUGCUCCAGAGAAUUGUACAAUCUCUCGGCUCUGCGGGGUAGUUUUGACGGUGUUGCAGGCCGGGGGUCACAACAGACAUAUGCGAGCAUUCUCAUGGACUACAUUCGGUCAACACUGAUACCCAUAUACCCUCACCUGGCUUUGGAACAUGAUCUCAAUGAGGUCCUGGCGUUUAUUGAAACAAUAUUAAUUUUGAUAUCUCUGGUUACUAUCUGGACGAUCGAAGGUUAUCGACUUGGUCAUCAGAGAAGUAUUAUUCGCUGGCCAAUUAUGUUCUGGGCUGCCUAUAAGAUGAAAGGUCUUGGCUGGGCAACCUCUCUAUACUUUAUUCUUCAUAUGGCGUUUGGUAACAAUACGAUCAUUGGACGACCAGUACCGUCCUCCGCUGUCAAAGGGGCUACUCUGGCUUUCUUCAUUGUUUCCUUUGUUGCCAUUGGGCUCAUGGUGGCACCGAACUUCAAAGAGAAAUCAAUUCAGAUUUCAUUUGACUUUUUGCAAUCCGUUCCUGUGUACAUCGGGGUAUUAACAGCACUGUUCACGGCUCUCUCCCAAUUUACCAGCAUCAAAGGGCUGAAACAUUCUCAGUCGACUUCAAAAAGGGUCGCCUCUGACAAGAGUACCGUCGUUGGUAUACGAAACGAUGGCAUUGUGUAUCUCAACAGGCUAUACAUACUAUUAUGCGUCUCCUUGGGCACCAUCCACCUUGGGACGGCGAUUUUCGUUGCUGCACAGCUGAGGGGGCAUUUCUCUCGCAUCCUGCAGUCGUCAAACUUUCCUUUUCUCGGGCUGAUGCUUGGUACUUCCGAAAGCGUAUACAGCCAGUUGACAUGGGAUCUCAUCUUUGCUUCGGCAUCCCUUUUCAUUUUUAUGCUUCAUACUGUCUGGAAUCUCCGCGGCAUGGGGUAUAUUUCAACAUUGCAUGCAUUCAAAGUGACCAUCAUGGUCUUAGUCGGUCCAAUCAUUGUGGGACCCGGUGCUGCGUAUGCUGCUCUAUGGCACUGGCGGGAAAAUCUACUCUCAGGAUUGUCAGGGCAAUACUACUGA